UCCUAAUGAUGAUAAAAAUAAGUUAAUUAAAAUUAUAAAUAAAGCGACGCCGUUUAAAAUAUUCGAAACGUGGGUUUCUAUAUUUCACGCACGUGUUUCUUCCGUCUUGUUUACGCGUACCCAACCUAACACAACAUGAUGAAAAACGGCUGGAACAUAAUAAACGUGUUUGAAUGAAACAUUUUGUAUAGGAUUAUUUAUUGUGUUGUAAAUUGUAUUGUUGCAGAUAAUAUUGACACAAUUCUGAAGAAGAAAGACUUUGUUUAACCUAAAAAAUGGUUCGGUUUAAGAACAGGUAUAUUGUUGUUGAAAUUACACCAGGAGAUAUGAGUGAUAAGUCUAUUGUGCUUAAAAGUACAACGUUACACUAUGCGAUACUGCAGAAAGUGCAACAAUUUUAUGGAGAUUUUGGUGCAGCUGCGUUUAAAGCUGGAUACAAUGCUAAAUAUUGCAAUGCAAGGACAAGAAUAGCAUUAAUAAAAGUACGCCAUGGGCCUCAUAGAUUUUUAUUAAAUUCUUUAUCGUCCAUAACAGAUAUCGGUGGCAAGUUAGUCUCAGUUAGUAUUGUAUAUGUGGGAGCUACUAUGAAACAUUGCUUUCACUUUAUAAAAAAUUAUCAACGAAAGAAACUGGAAGCUAUGUGGUCCAGCUUAAGAAACGAGCAAGAAAGAAAGAAAAUGGAAGAUGCACUAAUGACAUUAACACCUGGAAUGAACGAGAUCAAAUGAGACAUUACCAAAUGAUUGUAAAUAAGUAAUGUUUUAUAUAAAAAUAUUUAACGAAUUUGUUAAGUAAAAUUAGUAUUAUGAAAGAUUUAAUAAAAUAUU